AUGAUGAAUUCAUCGGAAAUAACUGAAGAGAAGGAUGAUGAUAGCAGUUGCCUUGUUGAUCCAGAAGUUCAAAAAGAAAGGAUAAGGCGGAUUAUAGAGUAUCAGAAAUCUCUUUAUCGGUCUUCAUCUUCGUCUUCUUCCUCCUCUUCCUCAGCUGCUUCCCGCUCCUCGUUUUCUUCAGCUCGAAAAAGUAGCAGUUUGUUAGGUUUGAUGAAAGUAGGAAACACAUCGUUGAGGAGAUUAUUUGACAUGGAGCAUACAAGUUUGGCCAACCAUUUUGAGGAUUUCAGUGGGUCAUCCAUAAUUAAGCCUAUUCUUCUAUGGGGCAGUGAUACAGACAAUGAAAAUGAAAUGCAUGAUCCAUGGCAAUCCAUCAAGCAGUUUGGACCACUAAAUGAAUCUAGGAUUGAUGGACCAAGUAAGUUUCCUUCAGAUGGUAGUUUCCGGGAUGGAGAGCGUGGCUUCCGGAAUACAGAGGUAAGAAUUGGCAACCGCAAGCUGACUAGGAAAAAGUCAUUUAGGAGAUUGCCCGGAUUUGGGUUAUGGAGAUGCAGAGGAUUUAGAUUGAGAUUAAGAUUGAGGCGGCUUAGGAUUGCUUUUUGUGGAAGAAAAUAUUAG